AAAUCAAUUACGACAUUAUGAAAAUUUCUGGCAGUAUUUUUAUUUGUAUUGAGUACGAUGUGCGUUAAGUGAAAACAGCUGAUCCAAUAACAACAGUGUAUACAUAUAUUAUUCGAACCAUGGAUCACGAAUUCGAUGUUGUGGAGUUAGAUGAAGAUUUGGUGGAAUACGUAGAAGAAAGCGAUGUUAUUGCCGACGAAACCGAACUCUGUGAUGAAGAUUUCAGUGCGACAAAUCUGCCUGUGUAUAGCUGCAAUUCUUGCAACAUGCUAUUUCAUUCGGUCGAUCGUCAUAUUCAGGAUUUCCACGAUGCCGAUGAUGUUCUCAUUGAUGAGAACCAAGAAGAUACAGAAGCUACGCAUGUUGGAGAGGAAAUAAAAUAUGGAUUCGAAGUUAUUUCAGACGACAGUGAGCCGAUUGAAUCGAGCACAGCAGCAACUGGUUUCGAGUGCAUGGAAUGCAGUGUCGUUUUAAAGUCGUUAAGGAGCCUGAAGCUUCAUCAAAAAAUUCACCAAACUGUCUCCGAAGAGCACACUAGUAGCCAGCUACAAAGCAUGUUCCAUUGUAAGAAUUGCAAUCGCAAUUUCGAUGAUGAGGAGCAUUUAGCGCUGCAUACGCAAGGACAUCUCAAUCAUUCCGGAUCAAGGAAUGAUUCGCGAGUAGCGAUUGGAACAACAGCUGACGUCAGCAAACAAGCAAAUUACCCGUGCAGUUAUUGUGGCAAGUUGUUCAAACGACCUUACGAAAAGGUGAAACACGAAAGGAUCCACACAGGAGAGUGUCCAUUCGGAUGUAGUGUCUGCGGUAAAAGAUUCCGGACUUCCAACUCCCUGCAGAUUCAUCUACGUACUCAUGACGACAGUCGGCCGUUUGUCUGCUCGUUUUGUAAGAAAAGAUUCAGCUCUCAAUCGGCCUAUAAUCACCAUCUUAAAACGCACUCAGAUGCACGCAACUAUCACUGUUCGAUGUGCAACAAAAGUUUUAAGACGGUCGUCCAGCUUAAUGGACACCGGAAGACACACCUGAAACCUUUUCCGUGUGGGGAAUGUGGUCGUUCGUUUGGAGCGUUGUAUCGCGCACGGAAGCACAUGGAAACGCACCAUAAACAGGGGGCGGCGGAAGGCAACAGUAAACUGAACCAUCGAUGCGACAUCUGCGGGUUUGUCUAUGGUCGUCAGUGUGCCCUGGAGGAACACCGGCGUUCAGAGCAUGGGACUGAGCUGCCCAGUGAAAGCAGCAGCGACGCGUUUAUUGAGGUAGAAGUGUUCAUGGACGAAAGCAGCGUGAUAGAACUGUGAUAUAUGUUGAAAUUAAACCUGUGACAUAGAAUGUUUUGUUUUAAUCUCCUUUUUUUUACUCUCUAUAUGUAACGGAUCAAAUAUCUGAUAAUUACAAUUCUGUGAAUUACUCUAUGCAUAUAAUAAUUAAAAUUGCAUGUGCUGUUUGCUAAAUAUGGUUCCACUUGCACUUUACACGUGUGUAUUGUGUUUUAUUCUAAUAAAAACAAUAAUAAUGCUGUUUAAUAGCUAUUGUACCAUGUCUUUUCCAUUCUUGAGUUAUGGUUUUGAGUAGUUAUAAGUUUGCAACACUUUAUUCCAUAAUCUUUCCUUGAAGUUCCGCGUAUUACAUUAUUAUAAAACAUAUUAUUUUAUAAACAAUUUUUUUAAUAAAUGAAGAUUUACAGGCAUUAUAUG